AGCAACAAAAAUCUCUGCGUUUUCCGACCUAAAACCACCGGAGAAACACAAAUCAUGGUCGGCCGUGUUUUCCGGCGUUCACUCUCUUUCCCAAACAAACCAUCCAAACCUCCGAUUUCUCACCACAUUAGAUCCAUCUCCCUUCCAUGCCGAUCCCAUCCCUUGAUUUCUCAAAUUAGAGAUGAGGUUUCCGAGCUCAAAACGUGGUCGUUAAAUCACGAGAACCGAACGGCCGAUUGGCUCUCCGACGGCCUCAACCGCCUCAAGGACAUCCACGAUUCUCUUUGCGAUCUUCUCCAGCUCCCUCAGACGCAUGAAUUGUUAAGCAGUAAGCGCGAAUUUGUGGAGAAGGUUCUCGAAGAUUUCCUACAGUUCGUCGAUGUUUACGGAAUCUUCCAGUCAUCGGUUCUCGCUCUCAAAGAAGCGCAACAGGCGGCGCAGGUAGCGGUGAGGAGAAAAGACGAAUCUAGAAUCACUUUAUAUUUGAAAUCUCGAAAACGGAUAGCCAAAGAAAUGGCUAAACUCGUCUCCUCAAUCAAAUCACUGGCGCGAUCCACCAUUCCAGGACCAGCUCCGACGUCAAUUUCGGAAUCCGAGCUGGUGGGAGUCAUAGGCGACGUGAUCGAAUCAACCGCCUCGGUAUCAGUUGCUCUUUUCAAUGGAAUUUCAUUUGCGAUUGCUUCCAAAAGAUCAUCCUGUUUGAUAUUGACAAAAAAAGCGAAGAAAGUUAAGAUCGAGGAGAUGGGAAUAGAAGAAUUUGAGCAAAUUGAAGAAGAGAGGCUGUGGGGUUUAAGGAAAAAGGGAGACGAAGAAGUGAGGAUGGUCUUGACAAAAAUGCAGGAUUUGGAGAGGUGCAUUAGCAGUGUUGAGAGUGAAAGCGGGAAAGUUUUCAGGAGCCUGAUUAACACUAGGGUUUCGCUGCUCAAUACUCUCACAAAUUAGGAAGAGAUGUGAAUUGCAUAUUUUUCCUUCUUUUUGAAUUCUCUUACAUCCAUUGUUUUCCCUCCAUCAGAAAGAAAUGAAAACUAAGAAAACAAAAUCUAGGUGUACAGUCCUCAUUUUUCUGUAAAUUGAUUGUAAGAACAAAGAAUAUUUGUUGUAAUAAUUAAUGUUUGCAUCU